AUGUCCGUCUUACCGGAACAACUUGCGAGAUUGUUGCUUGCACCGAUCGGACGUGAGAGAGUCGAAGACCAAAGAGCAUCCCAUCAGGUGGAGAUCCUUCAUGAUGGGAAACUCGCAAAUGUGUCCAUCACCCGAUCGAUGGUUGACCUGUUCUUCAAAUGCACUGGAACCUUGUUCUACAUUUUCACUCCCGACGAAUCAACCAAGCUCUUUCAAGCUGUCUACGCAAAUCCAGAUGUUGUGGCGAAAUCAUCGAUAGGUGCUCUUUACGCGCUCGUGUGUGUGGCCAGCCAGUAUGACGAUUUGCACAUCGACCCGGCCUUGAGACUGUCGUACUAUGAAACGGCCAAGUUCUAUCUCGAUGAUUGCAUCGAAGAGGAUGUCUUGUUAGGCAUGCAGACUUUAUGUUGCCUCGCGAUAUAUUGUGUAAUGGACAAGCGGCUCACGGCGUGGACUUGGGUUUUGACUGGCUUGAAAUUGGCGAGGCUGCGAGGCAUCCACCAUGAAGAGCGGCCAUCUUCGACUUCCCCCGAGCAAUGGAUCGCUCAGAAGAAAGUGAUGAGAACCUUGAUUUUCCUGGCCAGCUGGCUAUCCUCCACGCUAGGCUCAAACCCAGAGAUUGUGGCAGCCUUCCGACCCGAAUUUGAAGAGAAUUUCUCCGUGGUUGAGAUCAAUCCAUCCAUUGAGUCUGUGGCGCAGGAACAAAUGACAGCUGUUGGGGUCCUUAGCGCAGGCGUCCUUCGAGAAGUUUUCUUGCCUGAUGCGCUCAGCCUCGUCAGUACACGGAAGCACCAGGCCAAACUUCUCGAGUGGAUCCACAACCUUCCUCCCUCAAUGCAAUUCGGGUCACUAAGUCAUGAUAAUGGCUUCACAGUCGUACAAAGACGCAGUAUCUACUUGAUCCAUCUCAACUCUCUCGGUGCAUUACUGCUCCUCUAUCGACGCCACCUGUUCUACCUCUCAACCAGACAAAAAGAUGGUGAAUGGGCCCUUGAUGGAGAGGUAGAGGAGGCGCUGCGCUAUGCCGACGACGCUGUUGAUGUGGCCACACAUACCGCUCGACUGGUUCAUUUGCUACUUGCAGAAAAGAUCAUAUUCAAGCGUUGUUGGCUGGUGAUUUAUCAGUCUUUUAGUGCAUGUGCUGUGCUUCUGUUUUAUGUUGCCCAAACACGACUUCAUGGAGCUCCAGGUGCACAGUAUGAGGAAGAGCUCUCUCACGCGGCAGAAUGCCUGGCUGCACUGGAGUUCUGCGCACAAGGCGAUGUCGUCGCCAGGGGUUAUCAUUCCAUGCUUGCCUUCUACUACAAUGCCCUGAGAACCGCAAAGGAUGAUUCUCUAGAGCAUGGAAGUGCAGACUCCGUCAUGAACGGUGAGAUCAACCACUCUGAUACCACCGAUGUGAAUCCACUGCCAGAAAGACUGUCGCAACGGCAUCUCGAUGGUGUGGGCGAUAUUCUGAGUCAUCCUUUCAACUACGGCUGGCCUCCUAACGCCACCGAAAGAGCUCCGAAUGCCAGUGUCGCGACUACUACCGAUCAAUACACAAGUGCUUGUGAUACUGGCACAGCAUCACGCCCCUGGUAUCCCGAGUCCACUCACGGAAAUGUCUAUGCUGAUUCACCGGUGCUUGGUGGCCCUUUUCAAUGGUCGGCGAACACCAUUCCGCCGUAUAGCAAGACAUGA